GUGGAGGAGAGAGGAAGCCCGGACACAUCCAGCAGCUCUCACCGCUUCAAGCUGGACGAACUGACAUGAACGAGGGUCAAUGCACGAGACACGAACAGCGACUGGAGCCGGUGACACUUUAAAUAAUGGGGAUUAACGAUGAAGAGGAGGAAGAGGAGCAGAGGCUGAGACUGAAGAGAGCGCACAGAUGAUUGCUGCCACUCUGCAAAACCAAACUGGAAAUUCUGUGGAAGUUCAGACUCUCUGCUUUGGAAGUUGAUGCCGAAAAGAAUUCACAACGCAGCCUUGAGUUCAACUGCAGCCACAUUUGAGAUUUCUGGGAUAAAACAAGGAGCAACUCCUCUGAAACCUCUGGAAUACAGUUGUGGUAACUGAAAUAAGACUUCAUAGAGCAUUACCUGCAUUUCGUGGUGGUGGCUUCCCUAUUCAGCAGGCUGGGAGUGGCAGUAGGAUGCCUGAACUGCAUAACUUUCCCCCCCUGAGGGACCCCAGAGGCCCUGAGCUGGGUUUAAAUGGAGCCGCAGACCCAGCUCAAAUUCAGCACAGUAUCCUGGAGGAGCAGGUGGAACUGUGGUGGUUCAGAGAUCCCGGGAAGUCUCUGCUCUGCUACUGUGUGGCCGUGCUCCUGAUCCUGGGCUGUGGGCUGGGAGGUGUCGGCCUUCUCUCGACCACCACCAGCGUCUCCAGCGAAUGGCGUCUGGGCGCAGGCACGGCCCUCUGCCUGCUCGCCCUGGGAGUGCUGCUCAAACAACUGCUCAGCUCGGCCGUGCAGGACAUGAAUUGCAUUCGAAGCCGCCAGCGCAUCGACAUGCUAAAGAGCGGCGGUUUAUCAGACCUGCUUGUGGUUUCGAUCACGGGGCUGUCGCUGUUGAUUUGCGGAGGAGUUCUGCUGCAUCUGGCCCUGGCUAACCACAUGCCGAAGCCAGGGCAAGCCCUGAAUGACAUGUACAUCUCUGGAGUGGUUCUGCUGGCUGGAGGGGGGGCUGCAGUAGUGGGUGUUGGGAUUUAUUCUGUUGUGGUGAUCCUGCUUGAGAGGACAAGGCACGGACGAAGGCUGGUGGACCAGGUGUUGAAUAUCUUCACCGUUUCUGGACGCAUGGAGCGCCAGGGUCGCAGAGAGACAACCUCCAGUCUGGCUAACCUCAUAUGAGACAUAACCACAAUACAACGGUGUAAUCUGGCCCCUUGAUUUUACUAUCGGAACAAUUAUCCUCACGUUAGGGGAAUAAUGAGUAAAACACUCUUUAAAUACUGUAAGUCAGCUUUGUCACAUGUUCGCGUGUGAACGGGAGAAAAUAAGUUGACUUUGCAAUAUCUGCUCGGGGAAGAUGUUAUUAAUGAGUUCUCUCUUAAGGAUGAAAAGACUGAUGAGUAACACACAAAGGAAGAAUUGAUUACUACAUGGCUGAGUGUGCCAGGGGAGCGGCAAGUAUUUUUACACAUGAAUGUAAAAAUCUUUUUUUUGACAAACUGUAAAUCAGAAACCAUCCACAUGAGGCUGGACGCCAAAACACUGGUUCCUGUAGCAGCGUGGUCACUGGUCAGGUCUCUGACAUAGAAGCAGGCAAAACGAGGAGGAACGCUGACUCCAUUAGUAUUUAGGAAGAUUUUUCUUUUCAAUGAAAAGCACAGAUUCUUUCGUGAGAAAUGUCGGUUCCAAGAUGGGAGCUGACGUGUUUUCAUGUUGUCAUCACACAGAGUAUAAUAAUCUGCGCAUCACCUACAAUUUGUCAAAUAAUCUCUGACAAUGUAACACAAAGUUGUAUGUGUACGCUACGGUGGCUGAGACGUCAAGCGCGCAAGUGCAUUAACGGAAAACACCCAUUCAAAAGUCACAGCACGAAUGCUAACGCCACAAUUUAGAUGCAAAAGCCACAACACAAGUGUAAAAGCCACACAAUGGAAACACAACAACAAUUCGUACAAUUUAGAUAAAACACUAACAUCACAAUAGAUCCCUUUCAUUCGAAUCUUUCACCUGGACCUUUAAAAUGAGACGCUUGUCUAUAUGAGGUGUUCCGUUGUGUUUCCGUUGUGUUGCCUUUGCAUUUGUGUUUUCUGUUAAUGCCCUUGUGUGGGUGUCUCAACCUCUGUACUACAAAGAUGAAGAAACACAAAACUGUUUUGUCAAAGGUGAUUAGAGGUUGUGGUUAAAGGGGCCAUUUACACGUGUAUAAUGUAUGUGUUAUAAACAUGGAUCCUGUCAAAGUGCUCUUGGACCACACGUCUGUCCACCACCUGCACUGAUGAUCAAUGAUUGUAAGUUGUCGUGGAUCAGAGCACUAGCUGAAAGGCUGUAAAUAGUAAUUACAAAAGCAGUGAUACACAGGACAACAUAAACAUGUUUUUUGUAAUUUGUAAUCCAUGCACCAACCCUCACUCUGUCCAUAUGUUCACAUGAAGUUUUGUGCAGCUGAUGAAUUUGACUGUGGACGUAAUGAGGUGAGAGCUUCAACGUGGCUAAACUCCUUUUAAUUCAAAAUUAAUUCCUCAGUUGAAUAAUAAUUGACUUUGAUCCAUGCAGCAGGACUUUGAUGUAAAAUCUGUUUGCCUGUAACACGAGAAGACAACAUGAUUGUGUAUCAGAGAAUUAUACGGGAGCACUUUAUCCACUGGAUCAUUUGUGGACUCAGUAUUGUCUCAGCUGUGACGCUUGAAGCACCUUCUAUAUUUUUGACAUUACACUGAAUCAAUUGAUUGUGUGGAAUGUAAAAAUGUUCACCCACAUUGCAGCAGUCAUGGAGAAUCACCAUCUCAUCUGAUCUGUUGAGUUUUUUUUUUUUUACAUCUUGGCUCAUUGUCUUUAUUAUGAUUUUGAAUGUCAGUGUUCUCAUCAAACCAUGUGGGCAGCAGAGUUAAGCAAUAAAGCUCAG